AUGGCCACAGUUACACAUGUUUUGGCAGAGGGCUUCGAGGAGGAGUGUUGGAGGGGUCCUGCGAUGAGACUCGGCGGCAUGGAAUACUUCGAGACUCCUGACGAUGCAGCCGCAUGUCCUGAGGCACACAUCUACUUUCUAGGCUCCCAGAGGGAAGUCCUUCUAUCCCAACAGGUGAAUAUUACAAACUCGUCUACCACUUGCUCUUCCAAGCUGUUGCAAGCCAUUUCCUUGCCGGCAGGCCUUGAAGCCACCUACGCCAAGGUGACUUUCUUGUGCGGCAACGACGACGGUCCCAGCUGUCAGAUGAUCCGGCUUCUGCCACCAGAUGCCUCGCAUUCAGCUGCAAAACUGCCUUUGGCAAUGACAAGAACAUGUCUGGACUCGAGCCUCACGACGGCUACCUCCCCAUUGGACGCUACUGGUACUGCAAGCGUUCCGUGGAACGGCACUUCACCCACGACCGUGGCCAGUCUUCCCACUUCGAUAAACGAUGAGGGCCCCGUAUCUCCCACUCCAGCCACGGAAAUCCAAUCAACGCCCCCAUACUUCUAUACUGGCACCGAAACAGAUGGCAUUGGACUUCCUUCGACGUGGCUAGGCUCAGACCCUGAGACCAUCCGGCCAACGUCUAUCACGACCGAUAUCUCUCUAACCCCUUCGGAGACGGCCGCAAGUCCCACUACAUUGAUAGACAACACCAGUAGUACCAUAGGUCGUGUCCCUACCGGAAGUUCCUUGGAGGUUCCCCCCGGUGGCUUUAGUGAAUUUCCCGGCGCGACAACUUUCAUGACAUUGACUGUUUCGAGCAUCACUCCUGCGCCCAGAUGCACGUGCAAAACGUCCUAG